UUGACGAAGAUGGCGUCGGGCAGAGCCGUCUGUUAGCAGAGAGUCUUUGUUGUGUUGAUAAAGUGUGAAAAUGUGUAAAGUCCAAAUGCUGAGAGCGUUGGUGAAGCAGCGACUAACUGCGGCUGCUGAAGAGAUAUUUGGGCUGUUUGAAAGAACGAUAGCAGAGUACGAGGAGGAACUUUCUCGAUCAAAAGACGCGAAUUGCCCGGAUAAGGACCCAGAGCCCCCACACAUUAAAGAGGAGCAGGAGGAGCUGUGGAGCAGUCAGGAGGGAGAGCAGCUUCAAGGUCUGGAGGAGGCUGAUAUCACCAAGUUCCCAUUCACUCCUGUCCCUGUGAAGAGUGAAGAUGAUGAAGAGAAACCUCAGUCCUCACAGCUUCAUCAAAGACUAACUGAACAGAUGGAAACAGAAGCUGAUGGAGAGGACUGUGGAGGACCAGAACCAGACAGGAACUCACAUCCAGAUACACAUUUACAACCAGAGACUGAGGACAAGACUGGAGACUCUUCUGAACCUGAGACUGAGGACAGUGAUGAUUGGAGGGAGACCAGAGAACCUCAGUCAGGUUUAAACUCUCUGGAAAAUGAUCAAGUCAGUGAGAAACCAUUCAGCUGCUCUGAGUGUGGGAAAAGAUUUGGUCGCAAGAUGCAUCUACAGAGACACGCGAGAACUCACACAGGAGAGAAACCAUUUAGCUGCUCCGUUUGCGAUAAAA